AUGUGUGGGCGCGUGAUUUUUCUUUUUGCAUCUCUGCUAGGUUUUGACGAUCUUUUCAUGGUGGAAAAAGGGGGAAGACCCCCCACCACGGACGGGGACAGAAGUAUUACCAGAGAAUCGAAGAAGGCCAAGGGGUUAGUUCUGGUGGAUCAGGAAAUGCUCGAAGGAUCUCCGAUUGUGGGCGCAAUGGAGACCGAAGCGGGUGAAGGGGGUUCACACCCUGAGACCGAUGGCAUGGAGAUGAUGGGAGAAGCAGCUCGCAGGGACCCCCGCGGACUGAUCUCAUACAAAGACAAGCUGAUUCAGGUGAAUGGUGUGUGGGACGGAGCUCAGGGGAACGAAGAUGAGGACUGGCUGGCCCAGUGCCGACGGGAUGAGGAGGAGGAGAAAGAAGCCAUGAAGGCAUACGAGCAAACAGGGGAGGAUGACCCCUUGAACCCCUACUUUCAGUUUGACGUAUUGGAAAAACUUGAACAGUGUAAACGAUGGCGAAAUGCUCUGAUAGGGAAGCUUAUGGGAAAACGCCUUGGAGCGAAGUUCCUCUGGAACCGCAUACACAGGCUAUGGAAUCUCGAAGGUGAGUACAAGGUCCUGGACCUGGAAAAUGACCACUACUUGGUGGAAUUUGAGAAGACUCAAGAUUACCUCUUCAUUCAGCAACAGGGACCUUGGAUAGUGGCUGACCACUAUCUCAUUGUCCAACGAUGGAGGCCAAAUUUUGAUCCACAUGAUGAAAAGGUCAGGAAACUGGCGGUAUGGAUUCGUAUUCCAGGUGUGCCGCGGGAAUUCUACACUUUCAAGGACCUUUGGAGAAUGAGGAAUAUGGUGGGACGAACCCUACGCAUUGAUGAAAGCUCUCUGAGGACAGGGGGUCUAGGGAGUCACGAAGAGGUGACUGAUAGAGGUAGAUUUGCCCGGAUCUGCGUUGAAGUUAAUUUAAGCAAGAGUUUGUUAUCCAAAUUUAGGAUCGGGCAACGACAAUUAUACAUAGGAUACGGAGGAUUGCAUCUCAUCUGUUUCCUUUGUGGGCAAUACGGCCAUCGGAAGGAUGUUUGCUCGCUUAAUCCUGUGAUCAACAAGCAAGUUGAGGUGAAUACAGGGGAGAACCCACAUGGAGCCCAACCUGAACAUUGUCAUGGUGAAAGCCCAAUUGCUGGCGAGGUGGCCAAGAGCCAAGAGGAAGACAGGUUUGGCACUUGGAUGACUGUGCAGAGACGCAAUAAUAAGAGGGCAGCUGCAUCUCCUAAAAACAAGGAGCAAAGUGGAGGUAAAGGAAAUACCAGAGGUGCUCAUGAUGGGCAGGGACAGAAAAACAAGGGAUCUGGAUCUCGAUUUGAAUCACUGGGGGAGGAAGGGGCAAAGGAGACCCGAAGGACAAAUGCCAAAGUUGUUGCCGAGUCUGGACAAUCAAGAAGGAACUCUGAUGCUAGAAGGAGAAAGGGUGGUUUGGAGAAGAAUAGCCCAAUUCAGGUGCCCGUUAAUGCUGUUUUGACUCCAGAGAAACAGUUAUACUCCCCAUCAACUUCUGGUGAUCAUUCUAAGGGGUUGUCACUCCAGUCUCCGGUUAGGGAAGCAAUCCUUGUCAGUAGAGCUAACAGUAAAUGGAAGUCUCAGGAGGUUGUUUCUAUGCCAAAGAAGGACUUGUUUGUGGGGCCAGGAGGCAGUGUUCAAGUGCAGGUGGACCCAGGACCCGAAGUUAAUCCAAGUCCAGAGUUGUCUAGAGCUGCUGUUGAUGAGAGUGGGAGAGGGAAAGCUAUGCACUCAGAGGGCAGAGUGGCCAUGGCUUUGGACGAUAUAACCAAUGUUGAUGGAGAGAGAAGACCACAUGUUGCAGGGAAAAAGGGAUUCUCUUCUCUUAUUAAGGAUUUAGUCUAUCAAAAUAAAAUUCAAGUUCUAGCUUUACUAGAAACUAGAAUUAGUGGUAAGAGAGCUGACAGUAUUGUUAGGAAGUUGGGCUUUGAUGACUCUUUCAGAAGGGAAGCUGAGGGAUUCUCCGGAGGCAUUUGGCUUCUAUGGAAUAAAAACACCACUACUAUUAGCAUUUUGGAGGAAAAUCACCAAUUUGUUCAUUCCAAGCUGACUUGGCUAGGUGCUGGCAAGGAAGAGUACUUUACUUUUGUCUAUGGGAGUCCCCAGAGGAUUGAAAGAAGAACUUUAUGGGACAAUCUUAAGAGACUUAAUUCGGUAGGUGUAGACAAAUGGGCUGUUAUGGGAGAUUUUAAUGUCUUGCUCGAAGAAGGGGAAAAACAGGGAGGUUCAGGCUUUUGUGCAGGGAAUGCUGAUGAAUUCUCCUCUUGCCUCAGUGACUGCAGCCUCCUUGAUGUGGGUUUCUCUGGUCCUAAAUUUACGUGGAAAAGGGGAGGCCUCCAAGAAAGAAUUGACAGGUUGGUAGUGAAUGAAGCUUGGCAUUUGGAGUUCCCUAAUAGAUCCAUUAUGCACCUCUUGUUUAAUGGAUCAGAUCACAGGCCCAUUCUUAUUCGAGAUGAUUCUUCUGCUGAUAUAGCUAGGGGCCAAAAACCAUUUCGGUUCCUUGCUGCUUGGUUGACAGAUGAAAGGUUUGGAGGAGUUGUGAAGGAUUGUUGGCAAAAUAAUUCUGCUUGGGUCCCUGCAAAAACCAAAUUUCAGCAGGAAGCAUCUUUGUGGCACCAGAAUUGUUUUAAGAGAGAUCAGAGAAAGAAGUAUCACCUACAACGAAGGCUGAAAGGGAUCGAGGAGCAACUCUGUAGGGGUCCAAGUGAAACUCUUGACAGGCUGCAUAGGGAAAUUUGGCAGGAUUUGAACUCUAUUUUUAUCCAAGAAGAGCUGACCUGGUUCCAACGUUCAAGAUGCAAUUGGUUGGCUUUUGGGGAUAGGAACUCGCGUUUCUUUCAUUCGGCCACGGUUGCCCGAACCAGGAGAAAUAAGGUGACAGCUUUGGAAAAAUGA